AAAUAAAUAAUAAAUACUGAGGAGUUGAGGCAUGGGAAAAGAUUUAAGCAGAGAGAGUUUAUUUUCUUGCCUUGGCUUCCAGUAUAGUUUCCAAUGUUUCUUCUACAAGGAAGAAAUGAAGGCAAUGCUAUGAUUUCUAUGAUUUAAGGAUUACUGGGCCGUCGUCCCCUUGAAUCAAUAUACGUAGACAUUCAAUUCAGUAUCUUCAGGCAGAGUAGACUGGGUAAAUCAGAACAAAAUCCUAUGCAUGUCUGCACAGGAGUAAGCUCUAUUAAAUUCAGUGGGACUUACUCUUAAGCCUUAAGUCUGAGGUAAAUAUGGAAGGAAGAAGGUUCAAAUGGGAUCUAUGCUGAUUGGAUUACAAACUGGGCCUGCAGUUUUUGUUUUUUUAAAAAAACAAAUCAUAGGGAGAGUGGGAAUUGAUCAGAAAUGUGAAGAAAGCAGAAAAUGUGUUUUCUUCUCUUUGAACUUGUUGUUUAAAUGAUGAGCUGGAAAUGGUUUACUUUUUGUGAUGGUUUUCUAAAUAAUUGGCAAAUUAAGCCAUGCCAGGUAAGAUUUUCAAGUGGUUAGUUGCAACGUGCUAGAUUUAAGUCAUAAGGGUGAAUACAGAUAUUGAUUUCUUUACAGAGAAAUCUCACUAUGAAGUGAUAAAUUUAUGUAUAUCUUCUCUGUUUUAUUCUCCCCCCCCCCAGUAUAACCUUUACAUAGGGAAAAAUAGGGAUACAAAUUAGUAUUUCUUCCAGUGUAAACUUAAACAGUACGUCCCCCACCCUGUGGUUUUCAUGACCUAUGUCAAUGGCUUUCAAAGUUUCUACUAGCAGGGACCCCUUCCCAAUAGUGAGUUGUUGUUGAAAAACCGUAGCACAUCGCUCUCUAGUCCAGAGCAUAUGGUGACCAUGGCUGCUGGGUCUUGUACCUUUCGCAUGUAAAUUAAUAGAGUAAUCUAGAGCAUAUUGACUUGCAGCUACAUAUUACAGGGUUUGAUCCGUAAUGGUGAGCGUGCUUUUUUUGGUAGCUCCACCAUUACAAACCUUCUUUUUUUAAUGGUUCAUGAUGGGUUUAGAGAAGGGGAGAAAAUCUGUGUUGAUGGUGUUGAACUACAGCUCCCAACAUCCCUGAUAAAUUGACUUUGCUACCUGGGAGUGACGGGAAUUGGAGUACAAUAGCAUCUGGAAGGCCACAGGUUCCCUUUGGUGUAGAGCAGGCACCCCCAAACUGCGGCCCUCCAGAUGUUUUGGCCUACAACUCCCAUGAUCCCUAGCUAACAGGACCAGUGGUUGGGGGAGAUGGGAAUUGUAGUCCAAAACAUCUGGAGGGCUGAAGUUUGGGGGUGCCUGGUGUAGAGGCUCCCUGGAACAUACUUUGAGAACCCUUCUCCUACACAGAACAGAGUGGGAUUGAAGAUCAGUGAAGCAUCCAGAAAAGCUGAGGUCUUUUCUCUUUUUCUUUUUUUUAAGUUGUGCAUGAUGUACAGAUGAUACACUGAUGCUCAGCAUCAAGGUCAAAAGCCCCAGGCUGUAUCAUUUCCAGGCUGCCGUCUAUAAUUUCAGGGUUUUCUGUCUCUCUUUCUCUGGAUGGCUGAUCCAUUAAGCCAUUCAGUGCACUGUGGUGCCUGCUUUAAAAGGGUUGGGGAACAUGUGGCUCUUCAGAUGUUUUCUUGACUCCCAGCUUCCAUCAUCCCCGGCCAACAUGGCCAACGGUCAGGAAUGAUGGAAGCAGUAGUUCAGCAACAUCUGGAGGAUCCACCUCUGUUAUAGAACUCUUAUGUAGCUUUUGUCAAACCUAAGCUAGAGAAGAGCAAAAUAGUACCAGUUUGGUAUACGAUACUUACAGCAUCUGACUACAUUUUCCACCUUUCUCUUUUCUCUGUCUGUCUGUCUCUGUACUUCUCAACAGGUUUGGCACAAUGACUUGCUAUACAGGGCCUUAGCAACGUGGCAAAAAUUGGCUGUUUUCAAGCUGCCUCCCCCCCUCCCCCCUGCCCCCUUCGCUUCUGGGAGAUCUGAGCUGGCUUCCCCUGCCCUGGGCAUUCCUCCCCUUCUCCCACUUGCUACGGAAGGGACAAGUCUACCAUGGCUGGGGACAGACUUCCACGCAAAGUGAUGGAUCCCAGGAAGCUUGCCAGCCUCUUGAGGAGUGGGUCCGAAAGCAUGCUGGUCAUUGACAGCCGCUCCUUUGUGGAGUACAACUCGUGGCAUGUCCUCAGCUCCGUCAACAUCUGCUGCUCCAAGCUGGUCAAGAGAAGGCUUCAGCAAGACAAAGUAUCCAUCACAGAGCUCAUCCAGCCAGCCUCCAAUAUCAAGGUAGAAGCAGAAGAGCACCAAGAUGUGGUGGUCUAUGACCAGAGCACACGGGAUGCCAAUGGACUGGCGUCUGACAGUUUCCUCUCCAUCCUCCUAGGCAAGCUGGACAGCUGCUUCCACAAUGUUUCCAUCCUCACAGGGGGCUUUGCCACCUUCUCAUCUUGCUUCCCGGGACUUUGCGAAGGGAAACCUGCUGCUAUCCUGCCAAUGAGCAUCUCCCAGCCAUGCAUGCCAGUGGCCAAUGUUGGCCCAACUCGCAUCCUGCCUCAUCUCUACCUAGGCUCCCAGAAAGAUGUCUUAAAUAAGGACCUGAUGACCCAGAAUGGGAUAAGCUAUGUCCUCAAUGCCAGCAACUCUUGUCCCAAGCCAGAUUUCAUAUGUGACAGUCACUUCAUGCGCAUUCCAGUCAAUGACAAUUACUGUGAGAAGCUUUUGCCCUGGUUGGACAAGUCCAUUGAAUUCAUUGACAAGGCCAAGGUGUCCAGCUGCCAGGUGAUCGUUCACUGCUUGGCAGGGAUCUCCCGAUCGGCCACCAUUGCCAUUGCAUACAUCAUGAAGACCAUGGGAAUGUCUUCAGAUGAUGCCUACAGGUUCGUAAAAGACCGGCGUCCCUCCAUCUCGCCCAACUUCAACUUCCUGGGUCAGCUUCUAGAGUAUGAGAGAAGCCUGAAGCGGCUCAAGGCUCAGAAGGCCCAAGGGGAGAAGGGCGAAGGGGAAUCCCAGCAAGACCAGCCAGAAGCACCUGAAGGCUGCAGGCACCAGACUGGGUCUACCUCAGAAAAGGCUGAGGAGCUAUUCAGAAGCACAACCUCGGAGACCUCCUCGCUUGACUCCGAGAAGCCAGCAGGAGCCCACAAGGUUGUCUCGCCUACAGCACUGCAGCAAGGGCUCCGUGGCCUCCACUUGUCUUCAGAGCGCAUCCAAGACACCAACCGGCUGAAGCGGUCCUUCUCCCUGGACAUCAAGUCAGCCUACACCCCUAGCCGGAGGCAGCAGGACCCACCAGGUCCGACAGAGGCAGGAGAAACCCCCAAGCUGUGCAAGCUGGACAGCCCAUCAGGUCCCAACGGCACAUGCCAGUUCUCCCCUGUCCCAGACAGCCCGGACUGGCCCAGUGGGCCCGACUUCCUCCUCGAGGCCAAAGUACGGCAGAGACGGAAGCACAGGCACCAAGCCGGCUCCCCUGCUCAUGGGCUGAGCCUUAACUUCAGUGGGGUGUGUGCCAUGCACAAGAGCACCAGUGUGGAGGACAGCCUCAAGCAGACACUUCGAGCGGGCCUCCCCGGUGUGGGGCAGCAGCCGGCGCAGCCAACUGCCACCCCGGCCCCCACUGGCACUUGGGGGGUGCACUUGGAGUCCCCCGGCACUCCUUCCUCUGAGAACCCCUGGUACUUCAGCACAGACUCGGCGGCGGGCAGCAAAGGCAGCGGGAGCGGGGCUCUGUUUGCCGGCGCCGCCACCUACUCCUCGUUCAGCUGCAGCACAAUCCAGGCGAGCUGCGAGAUCAGGCUGAGGGACAAGCAGCGGGGCGAGCCGCGGGACGUGCGACACAGCUGGCACGAGGACACUGCGGCCGAGAAGCAGUUCAAGCGCAGGAGCUGCCAGAUGGAGUUCGAGGAGACCCUGUCGGAGAGCAGGUCUCGGGAAGACCUGGGCAAAAUCAGCAAACAGUCUAGCUUUUCGGGCAGCAUGGAAAUCAUUGAGGUGUCCUGACACUCACCUUGUGAGAUCUGAGAGCAAGUUGCGUGUGCAUCAGUGGGUGGGUGGGGAGGGACAAGGCUGGCGAGAUAUUUAACUAGGGAGAGGGAAGGGAGGGCGGAGGGUAUUAUUUAUAUGCCUGUGUGCAUUUCCAAAGGGCACACAUGCUGAAGCAAAGGCAAAGCUAAACGAAUCCAAAGUCAAGAAACAUAACGGUGCAUGCUUAGUGCCCCCCCUUUAUGUUCCUACCUCCACCACAAAGGCAAAACCACACCGCAUUCCCUUUUUUGGCUGGUGGAGGGUGUAUUAACUCUUUAAAGCCUGGAUUCCUUCCUUUCGCAUGUAGUGCUCUCUCUGCCCGCCCCCCCCCCCAAAAAAAUGCAGGGAGAAGGGGAGAGCUGAGGUGUAACUUCAAAGGUGGGGUGAAAUAGAAACAGGGGAGAUAUUAACAUUGUAAAGACUUCCACUGGUGUAAAAGCUUUUUUUUUUCUUGGAAGAAGGUUGUUGUUAUUUGAUCUGCAGAUUUGCAGUGGGGGAAGUCUAAGGGAAGCAGGUUCUUUUCUUGUGAGAGUACAUUAGCAACUGUUGAUAUUACCCAGCCACUCCCAUUACAGGAGGAGAGCUUCCCUCCCAUUCCAUCAGCGUUGGAUAUUAUCUGUGGAUGGCUCCUUCCCAGAUUGGGCUGCAGAAAACUGGAGGGGCUAAAUUUCAAUAGCUUCCCUUGGUGUGUCUCCCUUCCCAUACUGAGCAUGCUCCUCUUGUGUUUCUCUGGCUAGAAUUCUUAAAUGCUGCACAGCGGCAGCCCUAUACAUAUAUAAAUAUAUAUUAUAUAUAAUAUAAGAGAGAGAGAGAAAAAACACAAAGAAAAAAGUUUAAAUGGUUUUACUACAGUUUUUAUUGAGACAAAUAAUAUUUCAACUUUUCUUUUUAAUUUAUUUGAAGCUGUUCAUUCUGGCAAUGAUUUUCAGACAAUGUAGGGGUGGUACUUAUCAACUCUAUUUUUACUGUGUAUGGUAUUUAAAUCUGAAACACGAGUUUCAAAGCAAUAUCCUAGGCCUGCGGCUCCUUCUGUAACACACGUCAGUGACGCAGACACCCCAAAAAGUGGGAUGAGAUAUCUGUGUGUGAGAGAGUGAAUGAGUGAGUGAGUGAAAGAGAGUGGGAGAGUAUGCAUGUGUGUGCACUUUUAUUUAAAAAGAAAAGUGAGAAGAUGUUCAACACAAACUGAGCCAGGAAUCCUUCUUAAUGCUUCUUUACUUCCUACACCUGUCGCAUCUGCAAUCAAAGCCAUAAAACCUUUCUCUUCCUGGGUCUGAGUGGAGGAUCAUGGGGUUCCUUAUAAGAGAAGGAGAGUCCUGUUCUAAAGUCAGGAAGGGGCAUCAAGAGAGCUUGAUGAGUAUUGGGUUUUCUUUUUUAAUUUUCUCUCUGGAGGAAAUGUAUUGGAACUGGGGGUUAAAUUCCCAGAGGAUGAGUCCCUUUCCAGCAGCCCAGGAUAUCUCCCAGAUGAAUGAUGGUGACAAUAGGCCAUUCCCUGCCCUUCCGAAGGGGGGUGGAUUAUGGUGAAUGGCCAUUCAGAUGCUGCUCUUAUUCAGACAGUGUUCCACCCAGUCUGCAUCAGGCUUUGUUGAAGGGUUUGGGGAGAUGCUAGAGGCCUAAAACCUUCGCAAAGGAUGGCUUUAGCCAGCUGAAUGCAUUCUGUUAUUGUGGUACUAGAGGGGAAAAAAAUCAUUGAAGGGUCUUAGGGAUCCAUCCCACUGUAAGGAAGUGUCCACUUACUGCUGCAUGCAGGAAUUUCUUCCCAGACUCAGUUCUCCAUCAUAAAUUUGUGCCUACUCUGAAGUACGUGUUCACUUUCUAUCAGGGAGCUGCUGCCAUACAGAGACUUCAUAACGAAUGCAAAUCAGCCAAUGAGAAAACAGUCCAAAGACAAAUAUAUAAACCAGUAAAAGACCAAACUGAACAGCCUUUUGAGAAAGGAAGUUCUAGGAAAGAUAGAAAGUAUUUCAGCUGUAGUGCAAAGGACCCACUGAUCCAUCCCCAGCUCUCCCACCUUCAGCAGUCAUCUUCCAACCGAUGUGUUCACAAGGAGAUUAGCUUGGCUAUAGAACCUAUUUGUCUUAUCUUUGAGAAAUUGCGUUCAUUGGCUGUGAUAUUACCCACAAAAGAAACCUAGUCCUGAGAUCCCCACUGGCAUACUUCAUGGGGGAAUGGUUGGCUGUAAGAAAUCCUCCUGCACAGGAUUUCUUUUCCCUUUUUUUUUGGAGAUAGGGAAGAAAGAUUCUCCCGACACUUUUCUAAAGAUAUACACCAAAAGACAGAGAAGAGGACAGGGUUAACCCAGAGUAUUUUGACCCUUGAAAUGGAUAAUCCAUAUCUCCUCACCUCAUCCCAGUGGUAAAUAGUAUAAGAAUAAAGUAAACCACUUAUGAUAUGUCACUCUUUAAUGGCAGAAAUCUGCUGCUUGAAGUGGCUGCUUCAUUCCGUUUCAUAGUGGGACUGACCCUGGAGGAGGAUGAGUUGGAGUCUGUUCCCACUAGUUGAACUAAGGCAGCCUUGCCCACCCUUGGAUUCCCACGUCUUGUUGGGAUGAUGAGGGAUGUACUCCAACAACACCUGGGGUCAGGGGAAGGCUGAACCUAAGGGCAGGUUGAAACACGAUGGUCUUUUUUGUGUAGUUGCUAGGAAGGUUGCUGUGGAGUGAAGGCUCUCUACAGAGGUGGCAACAUUUGUAAGUCACCAACUGUGCAGAUGGGCCCAAUAAUUGCAUGGAGAGUCCGAACCCCAGCGGAUCACGUUCAUGGUUGCCGCUGGGAAGGCUGUCCAUGUGAUUGGACUGAUCUGUGUGGUAUGUAGCUGUGAAAUAUUACCAUUCUUGCACGACGCUGCUGCACAAAGUAUUUUUUUGGAGGCCAUGUUGUUCGCAUUGGUCUCUUGUUCUGCUCCGAGUGAUGGCCUCAGCAGUACGGUCGCUCCACCCCACAAGGCAAAGGUCCAGGUUCUGGCAAGGCGAGAGCUCCCUGGACAUCAGCCUGCAGGGCUCAGGCUGGAGACUCAGAGCAGAGCUCAGAUGUUGUCUCGGCACUAUUCAGCCUCAUGCUGAACCUUAUGGAGGAGCUGCAGCUCUGUGUAACCAAUUCUACUUUGGGUGAGAGGAUUCUCAUUUAAAGGGGCCCAUCCUGCUUUGACAGGGAUGGGUCCAAUGGAGUUAGGGAGACUCUAGUUGCACAAGGGCUUCUAAACUGGAGUCCUUGGAGUCUCAGGAUGUUACUGUGACCAUCUUGGAACAAUGGGCUUCUGCUGCGCCAGUGUUUCUGGUUAGUAUGGACAUUUGCAGCUGACCAAGGGUCGUUCCCUCUCACAUUCUGAAUAUUUGGCCUCAUCCCCCAAAGUUUGGGGGUCUGACCCUGGGGGCUUGAGCAGGAGAAUGAGUUAGCAAGUCAGUAGAGUGUUGAUAAUUCAGCUAAUAGGGCAAAAGUUCCCAGUCAAAAACACAAAAGCGGGAGGGAGGGAGGAACAUUUUCACUCUUUGGCCACACUGGUCUUCUUCCCUUUUGAGGAGUAGCAACACAUUCACUCAACAGCUCCUGGCAGAGGCACUGCAAUGCUGCUUCCUUUUGGAACACAGGCCUAGAGCCAUCUCUCUUAAAGCCGAAAGCACAUUUUUCUCUUUGUGUAACUGAUUUUGCAUUUGCUCCUUUCUUAUCACAUGCUGGUUUUUUGAGCCAAUACCUCAGGGUUGUUUAUGUAGCUUUUAAAUGAGAAAAAAAAUUAUUUGAGAUAAAAGCAACUUCAUUUCUUUUCCCAUUUUCUUUCUUGUUGAAAUGUGAUUUUUUUUUUACAAAAAUAAAAAAUCCUACACAAGACAAAAAAUAAAUAAAAAUCUCAGGUUCAGAGCUUACCAACACAAACCACAGGGAGCAUCAAUAAGAUGUUUUUGCAUCAGAUUGUCUGUUUCCUAACUGUAACAAUUGCUGUCUGUACUCUACCAAGACAUAAGGUAGAGACCUCAUGAUACUUAUUUUACCAAAAUAUUUUCAUAUUAGAUGCUGCAAGCUCAGAAGUGAUCCGACUGACCUGCAUAGUAUUUUGAAAGUAGCAUGACAGAGGAGUGGAGGCUAGGGGAAGUGGAAUAGGAUAAACAUGGGUUACCUAGGUUGGGAGUUUCUUUUUUAUCCCUCUUCACAUCUUCAACUGUAACUUAAUGUAUCUGGAUGCUUAAUGUAUAUAGAUGCUUUCAGGUGCUUCAAGUUCAGAAUCCUCAUUUCCUCCAGUAGAUUGCAUCCAAAGGGUAGAUUAACCCUUUAGCCACUUUUGGCAGCAUGAAACUCCAUGUUUUAAACCAGUGUUUCUCAAACUUUGGUCCCCAGCUGUUGUUGGACUACAACUCCCAUAAUCCUUUACCACUGGUCCUGUUAGCUAGGGAUGAUGGGGACCCAAGUUUGAGAAACACUUAAUCCUAUGCCUCUUUUUCUGUGGGACCAACAGGAGAAUAGCACUCAGACAUACAGGUGAUCAGAACAGAUAUUGCUGCAGGGCAGAACAGUUCAUAAUGGAGAACUACUUUCAUAAAUGGUAUGCAGUAGACAAGAAGGAUGAAAUCUAUAAGGCUGUUAAGCAAUCCAGUCUUCAGCAGUCACUCCCCAGCAUCUCUGCUUUUCACAACUAAAUUGCUGUCCUAGGUUGGUUAUUGUUGUUUCUGCAAGAAGUCCACAAGGAAUUAAGAACAGUCACUUGGAAAAUUCACAGAUCAUUGGCACUGCAGUGUUCAGCAUGUUCCUUGGGAAUUUUCACAGGGAUGACCUGGAAAAUCCUCUCUCUUUCCAAUGUCAGCUGCCAUCUUUGCUGUGACACUGAAUAUUGUUGGCUUGAUCUUAAAUAUUUGCAUCUGCCUGUGAUGCUAGCUGCUAUUAGAACAUACUGUCCAUUACAUAAUGUGCUACUUGCACUCUGUGAAUACCAUGGGCCCUUGAGAUCUGUUCUGUGUUACAAGUGUAGCAGUGUUUGGUACAGGAAUUACCACAAGGACAAAUUCCAUGACAGCUACUGAACACUUGGAAAUUUAUACAAAAGUGCUGCAGUCCAUUCUGUCAGACGGAAACUUUCUCAGUUCACAAUCUGAUUUCAGCCAGUGCUGCAAAGUCAAUCCUUACAGUAUAUUCUAGCAACUAAUAGCAUCAGUGGGAAAGGACAAAAAUGAAUGGUUGUUUGCUCUGAAAAGCUGCCACCUGCUGUUAUUUCAGAGCAAUCACUCCUCCAGAAUUGAAAGGUGGGGAAGAAUAUGUGGGUAUUCAGGCUAGCAUUCCCAGUAAGCUGCAAAAUUGCCAACAAUUCCCUUCAGCAGGAAAAAAAGUGGGCCAAUCUGAGUGUGGGGGGGAUUUCUAGGACAAUUGGUGGAGAUUGAGGUGCAAAUCUGGGGAUUUUCUCGAAGAGAAUAUCAAGAAAAGAAGAUCAAUUUAAAAUGGUGAAAGACACAGUCUUAAUCUUCUUCUUAUGAAAAUCAAAUUUGCAUUUUCUAUUUCCUUUCUAACAAGAAGCCAUAUUUGGGCUAUUUUCCAUAGCCCUAUAUGGAAAGUAUGCUUCUGGAAAUAAUCUACCAUUGCCUUCUAUUGAAAACAUCAGAAAAAUGCCAUUAUGCUUGUCUUAGUUGAACUCAAAAGGCAUCUUUGUCUUGUCUUCAUUGGGAUCAGGUUAAGCCCACUGGUGACCUAGAACAGCUUUUCCUAAAAAUGUUAUUAGCUGUUUAACUAAGGGCUGCCAUAUUUCAAAAAAUGAAAAUCCAGCCACAAAAGUUGUUGCUAAAUUUUGCUAAAUUUCAAGCUAUUUUUAAGGAAAUUUGCCAAAAUCUGCACGUCCAACAUGGGCUGCCAUACGGUUGGCCAAAUCCCAGCUAUGUCUGGAAAAUUCUGGACGUAUGUCAACCCUAGUUGAACUCGCCAGUUCUUGUCAACCAGGAAAUUGCUCCAAGGGACCUCCGACUCCAAUUCUGAUCUGAUGUUCAUGCUUCAACUACACAGUUAUCUGACACAGAAUUAUUGCCAACUCAAUAGCAGCAUGCAGGAGAACCAAAGCCCCCGUGGGAACUCAGAAGUAGGAAUCUAGGGACUGCAAAUAGGUUAUGCUCACAGACAAUCAGAAGUAUAUGAAAACAUUUGAUUUGCUGUGAGACAAGUGUCUUUCAGGAUGCAAAUAAGGUCUUUGAGCUUUAUUGAAAAGGUAAGGCCAAAAACAAACAAAAAUCCCACUACAAAACAACCACCCUCAGACACUACGACCUGGCCUUGAGUACAAUGCCAAUGAAAUAUCCCAGGAACUU